AUGAGGCCACCGGCACGAGGAGGCCGCGGGGGCAGGGGCUUCGGCGGCAGGAGCGAUGGCGGCGGCCGCGGGGGCAGGGGCGGCAGGGGAGGCAGGACGCCCAGGGGCCGUGGUGGUCGUGGCGGCGGUGGAAGGGGAGGGGCCGGCAUGAAGGGCGGCAGCAAGGUGGUCGUGGUGCCGCACAAGCACGACGGCGUCUUCAUCGCCAAGGCCAAGGAGGACGCGCUCUGCACCAAGAACAUGGUCGCCGGGGAGUCCGUCUACGGCGAGAAGCGCGUCUCCGUCCAGAACGAGGACGGCACCAAGGUUGAGUACAGGGUGUGGAACCCCUUCAGGUCAAAGCUGGCCGCCGCUGUUCUUGGUGGCGUCGACAACAUCUGGAUUGCUCCUGGUGCUCGUGUGCUGUAUCUUGGUGCUGCCUCUGGAACGACAGUGUCUCAUGUGUCUGAUAUUGUUGGACCGACUGGGUUGGUGUAUGCUGUGGAGUUCUCGCACCGCAGUGGCAGGGAUCUUGUCAACAUGGCCAAGAAGAGGACCAAUGUGAUUCCCAUCAUCGAGGAUGCUAGGCACCCUGCCAAGUACCGGAUGUUGGUCGGCAUGGUUGAUGUUAUCUUCUCUGAUGUUGCACAGCCUGACCAGGCUAGGAUCUUGGCCCUUAAUGCUUCAUACUUCUUGAAGAAUGGUGGUCACUUUGUCAUUUCAAUCAAGGCCAACUGUAUCGACUCCACCCAGGCCCCUGAGGCCGUGUUUGCCGCCGAAGUUGAGAAGCUGAAGCUUGAGCAGUUCAAGCCUUCGGAGCAGGUGACCCUGGAGCCCUUCGAGCGUGACCAUGCCUGCGUUGUCGGUGGCUACAGGAUGCCUAAGAAGCCCAAGUGUUAUCCAUGA